CCUCGAUGUAUUUGAAAAUAAUUUACUUGACCAAGAGAUGCCUAGGUACACGGGCAUUUACAUAUAGAAAGAAGCCUCGUCUCUCGACCUCCAAAACUACAACGAUUUGUACCAACCCAUCUUUUUCCCCUAGCUCUUGAUUUUUUUCUUUUACCACUAAAAGAAGAUUUCAUCUGUCGCACUAGACUUAGCCCUGUCAAAAAUGGUCCGCCCUUCAAUCGUGGCACUUGCCAUCGCGCUCUCAUCUCUACAAGUUGCGAUAGCAGCGGAGCCUCCAGAAUUUCUCUACUACGUGACCAAGCCUCUAGGAUGUACUAUCAUCGGACGUGUUUUUAUUCCCAGCCAGGCCAAACUAUACUCGAACCAGAAGUAUGCUGAUAAAAAGGCAGAGAGGAAAAAAUUAUCACUUUAUCCAAUCGAGACCAAGUAUUUCAAAGACGUCCUCGUCAAGAAUAAAUUCGCAGGCUUGAACCCGAUGUUUGGGGCGGAUUGGACAACAACAUCUGGAACGUUAACCAAAGAGGGUGUUGGUAUUCCAGAUCAUUAUGGUAAUGUCAGAGUCAUUGAUGGCUAAACGGCAGCAAAAACCAUACCAAACUGGGACAUGUUUUUUUUUUCUUUCUUUUGUUUGGUUGGGAUAUGGGGUCCAGGAUCCAAUAUAUGGGCAACAGCGGUAAUCCUUAUACUUUUAUAUUAUCUGUCAAGCGUAGGCCGAUUUCCAGGUUUAGAUCUCAUCGCACAAGAGGUGCAAGAGCUGCAGAGCCUUUAAUAAUAAAUACCUAUGUU